UUCUCACAAGCUGCAAGCACGACUAGGCAAUGGUAGAAUCGUAUCCGCGACCAUUCACUGGAUCUUUCUUUCGUCCUUGUCUCAAACCUCAGACCGCAUGCUGGCAACGACGUUUCUCAUUCAACCUUACUACCGGUAGCUAGCAUUGUAAUCCCAUCCUUGCUAGUAGUAGUCUAUAUAUCAGUUGUGCAGCACUCCAACACUGUGUGCAUCGAUACCUCGACAGUGCUGCCUAAAGAAAUUUGGUUCCGAGAGCGUCAUGUCCUGGAAGAACGACGACGACAGCGAUGCUGAAAGUUCCAUUGCUUCCAGGGAAAUUGACCAAUGGGUAGAACCAGCACAUGAAUAUGAUAACAUGGGUUACUUGUAUUACGCAACCAUGUCUUAUGAAAAGACAGUUUCAGCUGUGAUCACCCAGGCUUCUGGAGAGACUUGUGAUAUCCAAGGGACCUUUGAUAGCUGUGCUGUAAUUGGCGGUGACGAGCUGAGGAGACUGAUUCUUUCGGACAAGUUCAAGGUCUCAUCGCCCAAUGAUGGAACGAUACCCCAAAAGGUUUGGAAUCAAUUCUCUGUCUUUUACAACCCCAACUUCGACGAAAGACCCGAAGUCGUGCUUCCCAGGUCCAUCCCCAAAUCAUAUCGGUAUCUAAAGAACGAUGCCGGCGGUAUCCCAGUCAACUUGGGUGCCCAGGAAAAGCCUGUCUUUUUCUUAUACGAAUGGACAGUUACAUGUCAUUUUGUUUUGGAUCGGAAGCAGGAACGAGUCCGUCUGGGCUUUACAAAGAAGGAUACAGUCCAGGAUCUUAAAGAGAAGCUCGGCCUGAGAAAGGACAUUCCUGUGGAUGAACUGGUUUUGUUUUUCAAAGGGGUAAUUCUUCAGCAGGACGACGCCAAUCUGCAUGAAGCUGUGGGUAUCCAAAAUGGAUAUGAGAUCAGUGUCAUUAGGCGGCCAGAUAUCGCCACUAGACCAAUUCAAUCAAUAGCCAACCCCUCCAGUGACCACCGGAGCAAGGAAUUCGAUUCAUGUCAAUCCAUCGCCGAUGCUGAGUAUCGAACAAUCACCAUAUCCCAGCUGUUGGAUGUCGCCCUUCAGAUUGUUCAGAGGUGCAAGAUUGAAGGUUGGACGAGCACAAAUCCUGACGAUAAGGGGAAAUGCUUGGAGCCUCAAGACGUGACACUGUACGAUCUUGUGGAACACUUUAUCAAGCCCACGACCCAGAAAAUGAAGUGUAGCUAUGCGGAGGCCAUCAGCCCCCACAGCCAAGGAAUCACCCCAGCCUACUUCGUGAGCCAUUUUUGGGGCUCCAGCGUCUUUCACUUCAUCUCCGUCUUGCUCGGGCACGCUCAUGAUCGAGGGCUUGGAUACCAUACACCUCUUUGGAUUUGUGCCUAUUGCAUCAAUCAACAUCAGGUGUCCUCUGAACUGGGGACCGAUCCCAAGGCAACACCGUUCUAUGCGGCAAUGCGUUUGUCGAAAGGAGUUGUCUCCGUUCUAGACACAGAGUGCGUUUGCUAUUCUCGCGUCUGGUGUACUUUCGAAAUAGCUUUGGCGCUUCGGGAUUUCGUUGACAGUCCCUCGUCACAGCGAUACCUCUAUGAUGCCUACACACUCAAGAAAGGUGGCCUCGUGGUAGGUCUCGCGGAUGGUGUAGUCCAAAGUGACAAAGACUCGGUAAGGUACAAAUCGGACAAUGACGACAGUAAGUGGCAAAAUCAACAAAGCAAGCGACAAACACUGUUCCCGAUGGCCGUUGCUUUAACAGCAAUGAAAGUGGAGAUCCAAAAGGCCACUGCAACCAAAUUAGAAGACAAGCAUAUGAUUUUGAAUUCGAUCAGCGGGCACAGCCAAGAUCAGGAUCCUCCAUCCUCUCAUCCGGCCUACGAAACAAUCAACGGCACUCUAAGAGGCAAAUUUGCAAUGUCAUGCUAUCGGGUUGCAUUGGAAACGAAGGCUGAUGUAAAACCCUUUCGUUCCACUCUCCUGACAUCUCCCCUCGAGCGUGUAGUUGGAAUCUUCGAUAACUGUGAUGGGUUCGAAAACGAGGCACCAGCGUUUCUCAGGAGCCUCAAUGCGGAAGCAGUCAAGGAACUAAUACUUGACUGCAGCGGCCUGAAAUUCGAGGAAUCCGAGGAGUUUGUGGUUGGGCUGGGUCGACUCUUCCGGCUUGAGUCAUUCACGUUGCGGGCGACAUGGUUGAGUUGGUUGGGCUGUGCCAAGGCGCUCUGGGGCGAGAUCGCUGGUUUGAAGAGCCUUCAGAACCUUGACAUCAGUUUGUGGAUGUGCAAGAGAAUCACCCAUCUAGAUGGACUACCGGAAGCAAUUACCAAGCUACGAGUUCUCACUACACUCCAGCUAAACUUUGCGGGUUGCCCACUUUCUGAGGGCAUUGAUUCUUUGGCCGACUCACUUGCCAAACUUGAAUCGCUGAAGACGCUGAAACUCGACUUUUUCAGAUCCGAAUGUUCGAGUGCCACCAUCACCCGGUUCUGGGAGAACCUUGGAGCCUUGCGGCAACUGGAAUGUCUUGGGGUGAACAUGUUUCACAGCAAGAACUUCUCCAGUCUUGAUGUAGUUGGCAAAUCUGUCUCCAAGAUAAGAAUGCUGAAGAGUUUCCAGAUCAAUUGUUCGGACUGUUCAGUUCACAGAUGUGGCCGCCUCUGGGAGGAUCUUGGUACCCUUAAAUGUCUUGAGGAGCUGGAGGCUGACUUGUCUUCAAACUCAAAAUACGUUGAAGGUGCCAAAGACGGCGAAGAUCCCUUCCAAAGUCCGUCGGGAAUUGAACAGUUGGGAGACAGUAUUGUGAAACUGAAGCUUCUGAGGAGGUUGAGGGUAAACUAUCGAAGUUGCCAUCUACGACAGGAUCAUUUCCAGAUAUGCUGGCGCAACCUCGGCCAAUGCAAGGCACUCGAAACCUUAUCAGUGGACGUGGCGUACAACCGCAGCAUACUGGACAUGGACGGUCUUGCGGAAUCUAUUUUGAUGCUACCUGAGCUGCAUAGCCUUCACCUCUACUUUACAGGUUGCCCAUUGUCAGUUACAAGCGUCCAUAACUUUUUGACCCGACUUGCAGCAGGCCUACGUGAUAGCAAACCCAAGUUGUCACUUUCCCUGAGAUUUUUCUCUUGUUGCCACCCUCGUCGACCAGAUGACCCACAACAAUACUAUGACGAAAUCUCGAGCAUGGAAGAACUGACCGCUGCAGUCGACAGCGGGCAACUAGAAGAAGGCCUGGAAGCUUCGAGAAAUCAUUAUAGCAUGAGCAGGUGAUAGGCCUGCUUCAAAUACGUCCUAGGUCAGGCUGUGAGUGGUCUCCCGAACCGCCACGGGCUACCCAACCUGCGAGGAGUGGGCUAACCUGAGUUGACUGGACUCUGACCGGGUAGUGGAAAACACUUGUCCCACGAUCUGGGUUCCAGGAUCUUCGGAAGAUACUGGAGUGAGUUUGACAGUGUUAUCAUGUCUUCCGUGUCAAUCCCUCCGUUUUACAGUAUGCACUCUUCCACGGCAAAACAAUCAUCGUUCCCCAUAAUCCAGCGCUGGCUAGCUAGUCUAGCAAUCAUCGUUCCCCAUGUUCCAGCAAUCAGCCUUUCCAGGUUCUAGCGGGCAGUCAUGGAUUGGUUUGGUGUCAAGAACCAACUGCGAGGGGCGCCAAAUAUUUUAAAGUGUCGAAUACACGACCUUGCAACUCUACUAGUUUAGCAAACUGUCUUUUGAUAGUCAAAAAUUCUUCUAUUAUACU